AGCUAGUGGACGCUAGGGAUCCAACUAAAUCGUCAAAUAUUGCUGCACAGCGCCUAGUCGUGGAUAGAGAUACUACUGCAGGGCCGCUAAUGGAUGGGCAUACGUGGUCUAAUACUACUGGAGGGCAGCGAGUGGAUGGGGAUACUGAUACGUGGUCCAAUGCUAGUGCUACAACUACUGCGAAAGCCGAAAUAGGUCCGCCUAGUUUUGCGGUGGAUGCGCGUCACGCGGUUGUUAGUGGGAACAGUGUAACUGACUCAAGCGAACCUACGGGAUGGCUGUUGGCAGAUGAGAACAAAACAGCUGACAACGUCAACAUCACAUCUGAAAUGAAUACUACCGGAAGAUUGCUUCUUGUUGGUGAGAACAACACAUCUGAAAAUGUUACAACGGAUCGACUGCCUCCGGUGAGUGAGAACACGAGCCCUGACGCGUCUGUAGACGGGCUGCUUCUGACUGGUGAGAACAAAACGCCUGCAAAUACUACGGGACUGCUAUUGGCAGGUGAGAACAAAACAACUGAAAAUACUACGGGACUGCCCUUGGGAGGUGAGGAAACAAGCUCGAAUGCGACAGAUGAUCAUCUGCUCGUUCUUGUGCAUAGUGACACAAGCUUGCUUGAUUCUACAGUCGAUCUGGCUCGGUCGGAUAAAGGGAGCGCCACUUCUACCGCAACGAAAGCCACGGCUCUUCCGGAGAUGAAUCAGGACACUUCUUCUCUUAAUACAACUAGCAAGAGUAUCACGUUCUUUGCGAGUGAAAUCGUCGUGGCUGAGACUGUGUCAAGGUCUAAUGUCACUUCAGCGGCAAUCCUAGCUUUGGAUGAUGAGGACGCAAGGCGCAAGAAGUUCGCAAAGCCAGAGAAGAUUGGCAAAAACGCACCUUCUCCUGCCAAUGCCACUAGUGCAACAACCGCAAUUGGUAAAAGCGCGACUUCCUCUGCCAAUACCACCACCAGUACUACAGCAGCCGCGCUUCAUGUUGAAGGCGGUGGCGGUUCUAGUCCACAUCAUAAUGCAACAGCAGUGCUGGCCGUUGAUGAGGGUGCUAAUCCGAAUCACAAUACGGCAGCGCCGGCUCUUCCUGUUGUUGUUGUUGUUGAUGGAGGCAGUGAUACUACUACCGCGACGGGUGGAGAUGGAGUAGAAGUUUUUGACAGGGGCACAAGUUCUACUUCUCCUACUGAGCAGUCGCCCAGUACUGCUGUGGAUAAGCAGGGCUCAAGCACUACUAGUACCACUACGGCGCUUCAUCUCUCUAUCACCGAAGAUGAUUCUACUCUGCUGUCGUCUACUACUAAUAUCACGACCAUCAGGACCAGCAGUUUUGUCGAUUUGCGUGAAGAAGUUAUACAUCAAAAGAAAGCUGCUACAUCGGCUGGAGGCAAGACUGGCCUCUCAGGUGGCAUGGACUUCUUGGGCUUGCGCAGGCUCAUUGAAAAAAUAGUGCCACCACAAGGCGAAGGCGCAGCUUCGCAGUCGCGGCCGCCGUCGUCAACGCCAUUUAUGGCGCAAGUGAUUGGGAACAAAGGUGGGGAGACGUUCCUCGAGGUGACAGGUCCUCUGUGUAAUGUUCCCAGUCAGUGAUGGCAUUCUUUCAUACAGGCCGACGAUGAAGUGGCCAGCGGGAUACUCGCAGCGCUUUCUGCUUGGAGUUCGCUCAGCGAACAGACAAAAUUAUGGCUGGUUCCCGCUUGUGCGGAGUUAGUUUUGGUGUACUAGUAGUUCAGACGCUUUCUCUUUGUCUUUGUGAAAUUUAUGCUGUUGCUGAGGGCAUUGAGUUAGAAAUUAUGAAAGGCACAGAGCAUAUGCAGAGUGGGAGAGAGGCUUGUGACAUCAGAAAGCUAAGCACUAGCUGUAGGAAUUUGUAAAGUAGGUACCCGGAUGCCAACACUUGAAGCCGAAGCCUUUGGCCACAGGCCUGCUGAUAAUAAUGAGCAGGGAAAGAACAACUAAGCGGAAAAUCUCAGAGCCUGGCGCGCCUGGGAGUCCCAAGCAUAUGAUUGAGAAACCCCGCCCCAACCCGUGACGGAGGAAGCCUUGGCGCCACGGUUGUCACUAUGGAGAGCGCCGCCACGGCUAGCGAGAGGCGCCGACCACAGCGAGCGCCCUCCUUCAUCAGGCUUGGAAUUUCAAAGAGGGCCGGCUGCCUCAGCUCGCGGCAAACCCGUGCCAAC